CUUCGUAACCCGGGCAACCGGGCCUGGGCAGGUGUAGGGGGCGUGGUGUCCGAAGACGCCAAGGUCUCGGCCCCGCCCCCGAGCGGUUCGGAAGAGCGCAGGCGGAGGAGACUGCCAGCCGCGGAGUUCGAGCCCGUAGGCGUCCUCCCGAGGAGUGUGCCUGGGGCUGGACGGCCGGGCCUCCUGCCGCUGGACCAGCCUGUGAGGAACGCGGAGCCUCCCGGACGCGGGCGCCUCCCCUUAGCUGCCCGCCGCCCUGCCUGCGCCGCCUCCUCGCGCACGGGACUCUUCCCCAGGCCGCGAGCCAGGCCGAGCCGCUGCUUCUGCUUUCCAGCGUGCUUUUUGCAUCGUUUGACAUUUGGGUGGAGUUAAACCCGGGACCCCCUCGAAGAAGGGCCCGUUGGUUUUUUGUUAUUAUUUUUUGUUUGUUUCCAACAUGGCAGCCUCCAGCCGCGCACAAGUGUUAGAUCUGUACCGGGCGAUGCUGAGAGAGAGCAAGCAUUUCAGCGCCUACAAUUACAGAAUGUAUGCUGUCAGGAGGAUAAGAGAUGCCUUCCGAGAAAAUAAGAAUGUAAAGAAUCCUGUAGAAAUUCAAGCCCUGGUGAAUAAAGCCAAAAGAGACCUUGAAAUAAUCCGUAGACAGGGAACUGAACAAGUGUUCAGAGCAACAUCAUUCUCAACAGUCUAUCAGCAGGUGAAUGGAGAACAGUGGUCUGGCAACACAAUGAAACGUCUGCCUUCAGAGGGAAAAAAUUCUGAUACAAGCUACAAGAUGAGUGAACCUGAAAAUACUAUGCCAAGGGAAAUACAGCAGUCACAAAGAGCACAUACUAUGUGCAUAUUGGCCAACUGUAUUCGACUGACAAGCUGAUCAUUGAGAAUCAAGAGAAGCCCAGGACAUAGGAGCCCAGCACUAGGAAACAGCCUCCAGCAGCAGAAUUGACCACCUUCAGCAUCCAUUCUAUAUGGUGUGGAACCUCCCAUUAUGGGCUGAACAUAGCCUCUUGCUCUGCCUGCCUUGUAGGAGCUGAGAAACUGGGUUACAUUUGCAUUCGGUCACAGCCAUAAUGUGAAGAAAUGGCUAUGCAUUUCAAUGCAGGUGUCAGAAUGAAGAACUGGAGGUCACUCAGAAUAAUGCCAUGUGUUAUUGUGUCUCCUCUCCAUCUCACCCAUCUUACAGAUCACCUAUGUAUAGAGCUUUUGCAGACUUUGUGUCUUAGUCCUUAAAAAUAAACAGAAUUAUCUCCCUACCCUUUUGUACCAAAUAAACCCAUUACAGUGAA